AUGACAACCGACCUUACCUCGAGCUGCGGCGGCCCGGCGACCGAUGAUAUCAACAGUGCGAAGCAAGUAUACACCAAGUUCUGUAACCCCGACUCCACCAUCACGUUUCCCUCGCCGAGCACGAACGUUGUCAACGCCUACAUUACCGAGCUUUCGGAGAUGCAAUACAUGGCGCCCUGCGCCCAGUCGGGUCUGUCAGCUGCCGUGAUGGGGCAGAUGUCAAAAUGCCCAAAAGAUGCAGAUCGCUAUGCCCCAUGCGUUUGCAGUAAACCGCAUGUCACUUCCAGUGUCAGUAACGCGCUGGUGAGCUCGAUCAAAUAUUACUGCUCCAACACCGAGGACCUCAGCUUCGCCCAGACUUUCUACCACGAAUAUUGCGCCAUGAACAACGGGACGACAUCGUUUGCUGUUCCCUCAGGGCCGCCUGGAGACAUGACCUACUACAUCUCUGCUCUUCCUCAAUUCCAGUCUCUAAGAGGCUGCGCACAGACGGCAGUUGGAAGCGCUUUCGAAUAUCAAACAAUGUCCCUUUGCGCACCUGGCCCGCAAGCCUUGGCGUCUUGUAUCUGCAUCAAAUCAGGCAUGAAGAGCUCGGUCUCAAGUAGUUUAACCUCCUCCGUCAAGUACUUCUGCAGCUCCACCGCCACGGCAGAUGUUACAUCGGCUCUCAGCGUCCUGGAGUAUUAUUGCAGCGCAGCCGAGAGCAAGGUCGUCGCGACCGUUGCUCAAUCCGUCGCCGAGUCAUAUCCCACGAUCGAAUCUCGUACCGGACCGACUUCAUCGAACCCAACUCAAACGAGCUCCAGCACCGGCAGUGUUGGAGGCGGAGAUAAUUCUGGGAACAAGAGCAGCGACAAUAAUAACUCGUCGUCAACCCAGGGUGGCUCGAAAGUUUCGCAAACUGCCAUCAUCGCUGCUGGAGUGCUCGGGGCCGUUGUGGCUAUUGGUGCGAUAGGCGCAUUGGGCUGGUUCAUCCGUCGCAAGAAACUCAAGAAGGAAGCGGAGAAGGAUAACAAUCCGGGUUCCUCGCCCCCCGACCGACCUAUCUACGAAUAUCAUGGCACGCCAGAGCUCGGUGGAGACAACACUCAUGGUCCGAUGGGCGUCACUAAGCCGGGAGCCGUGAUCACGACACGCCCCGAACUUGGAGGAGGGCAGCAACAACAGCACUACUCAGAGUUGGCACCCCAACACCAGUAUAAGUCUGAGCUUGGGGAUAAUGUGUCGGUCUACUCCUACGGCGCCCCGCAGGAACUAGCUAGCCCGGUUAAUGGAUACCAACCUCCCCCGUUCAGUAAUGGAAGGCCGGUACAGGAGCUGCCUGGCAUGAGCUGGCAGUCUGGGCCGGUAGAGACGUAUGAAAUGGAUGCCCAACCUGCGCGACGGCAAUGA